UCGAUAUAAGGGGAAGGGCUCGUCUGUUGGGUCACCAUUCCCCUUUGAGAAGCGGUCAAGAGAGGAUCUCAGUCUUAGUCUUUAUUGCGAUCUGAAUUUUCACUAGAGAAAGAAAAUGGCAUCAAAUUCGCUCGCCCCACUGCUCUUCCAAGGCCUUCAGCAAGGUCUGAAGAACGUCGACCUCAGGAGCCUUACAGGCGGCCUCGACCUGAAGAGUCUCGUGACGGGUCUGGACGUGAAGACCGUCAGCUGGGUCGCUCUCAUCGUCGUGGCUCUGAUCUUCAUCUACGACCUGUGGAAGAAAUCAUCCGGGCAUGAUGCCACCGCCUUAGCCGUCUCAGCUGCUGAUUACUGGCAGGACAACAGGGAUCAGUUCACUUAUGAUCCUUAUUAUCGCGGAAGCAGGUCACUGGAACCCUUGACCGAAGUCCUUGACGCCCUUGCUGACUCAGUGAAGAAAUGGGAAAGCACCCAGCAGGCAACUGUGAGAAACCGCUCACGUUAAACUUUGGAAAAGGAGCAGGAUAAUGAGAAUGGCUGGACCUCUCAUUUAUCCUGCCUCCAAGCAAUAGGAAUAAGGGAAGACCACUUGACCUCACCUGAUUCCAAAGAAUGGAAGAACUGGUCGUUUUUGCUUCAUCUACUUCGAAUAAUGAAGUCGAACUGCAAAUGCUCCCUGCAGUCACAAUGAUUCUUGUUGCUGAUAGGAGCAGUUAUUGUGCCAUGGAAAUUGCUCAUCAUUUGUCAUUGUUUUAACUUUCAUAUGUCAUUUCAAAGUUGCUAAAAGGAGUUCUGUUCGAAUUUUUACUUGUUUUGUUUUACAUUUUUAAUAAACAAAGUAUGCGCUA